CCUUGCUUUUAAUUACAAAUAAGUCAUAAAAAUUAUUCAAAAUUGUCGUGUAAAAAAUUUAUUGUGUACAAAAAAUUAAAACAAGAUUUUUUUUAAAAAAAAUGUGGCUUAAGGAAAGCAGCCCCCAAUGUUGUGAAGUUCAUGAAAAGUUGCCCAAUGGCAUCAAAUGUUUUCUUCCCGAUCUCUGUACAGAAUUGGAAUAUCUGCAAUGUUUGCACGGGAAAAGCUUUAUUAAAAGCCCACGCAUAAUGUCCUUGGCCAAGCCAAAAAAUUUCAAAAGAACACCACGUUAUGUUCCCAUUUGUGCAUGUAAACUGAAAAAGCCAGUAGAACUGGUACAUUUGGAUCAACGGGAAAAUACAAGAACUGAACAGUUGUCCUAUCCCAAAGCAAGAAAAUUAUUGGUGUUCAAAGAAGAAAUUAAGAAACGAUUUCCCCCGGACCGCAUAAUGAAUUUAAAUCGUUUGAUACGAAAAAGUUUGCUGUCACUAUAUAGUCGUCUGGCGAAUGUUCAACCACCAGAAGAGAAACAACCCAUAAGUAAGUGGGACCGAGCCGAAUGGGCAAGACACUUGAAACGGUUAAGAAAACUUGCCAGGCCCAAAAUUCCUAAGCCUCCACCAAGAAUUCCGAAUAAGCGAAUGCCACUAAAAAGAAUGAGAAGAUAUAAAUUCCUAUCGAAGCCGAUUAAACGUCAGGUUGAUGACAAACCCGAUUGGACAUUGACAUAUGAAAUGAAAAAAUUUAAACCUUCAGAUCGUCUCAAGGAUUUAGCAAAGCCCAUGAUACGUGAUACGUCAAUGUUGUAUCAGGAUUUGCCAAUAAAAAUACCUCAAACCGCAUUAAAAUACAAAGCUUCAAAACGAACAAAAGAUCUAUCCCAGCCCAAUGCUAUUAGGACUACACAGCUGACUUCGCCAGAAUUACGCGAAAAUCCCUUUGCCAUAUCACCCAAUGCCCUAAAGGCGAAAGCAUCAAAGCGUACCAUAGAAUUGGCUGAACCCAAGGAAUAUGAAAACAAACACAUUCGUGAUAAUCCUUUUGCCAUAUCUCCAGCAGCGCUUAAGGCUAAGCCUAAGCCACGCACCAUCGAAUUAGCCAAGCCGAAAAAGUAAUAUGUAAAUUGUGUUAGUGCUACUGUUUUUCGGAAUAUAUCGUUUGAAUUAAAGUUGAAAAUUCCAUAGUAUUAAUUAAAAAAAAAACUAAAUUUGUUGUAGUUCAAUAUUUUAUUUACUAUAAUUUAUUAUUGUGCGAAUCUAUAUUUUU